UCCUCCGACCCGAAGCCUGGAUGCUGCCCGCCCUCUCCCGCCCUUAAGACCGGAGCCUGGCACUCCCACUGCGCUCGAUCCGCCUCCCGGCCGAGCCCUGCCGCUUCCGGAGCCUGGGACUGGGCCCCGGGAUCAUGUGGUAUGUCAGCACUCGGGGGAUGGCCCCACGAAUUGACUUCGAGGGGGCGCUCUUCUCUGGCUAUGCUCCAGACGGGGGCCUCUACAUGCCUGAGGAGCUCCCACAGCUGGGCAGAGAGACCCUGCAUGAGUGGAGCACGCUCUCCUACCCCAGCUUGGUGAAGGAGCUGUGCAGCCUCUUCAUUGCACCUGAGCUCAUUCCUAGAGAUGACCUAAAUGAUCUGAUUGAUCGUGCCUUCAGCAGAUUCCGCCGCAGAGAGGUGGUGCAUCUGUCCAGGCUGAGGAACGGGCUGAACGUGCUGGAGCUGUGGCACGGGGUCACCUAUGCGUUUAAGGACCUGUCCCUGUGCUGCACAGCACAGCUCCUGCAGUACUUCCUGAAGAAGAGGAAGAGGCACAUCACCGUGGUUGUAGGAACUUCUGGGGACACAGGAAGUGCUGCCAUUGAGAGUGUUCAGGGGGCAAAAAAUGUGGACAUCAUUGUUCUGCUGCCCAAGGGUCACUGUACAAAGAUUCAGGAGCUCCAGAUGACAACAGUGCUAAGAGAGAACGUCCAUGUGUUCGGAGUGGAGGGUAACAGCGAUGAGCUGGAUGAGCCCAUCAAGACAGUGUUUGCUGACGUGGCCUUUGUCAAGAAGCACAACUUGAUGAGUCUGAAUUCAAUCAACUGGUCCCGGGUCCUUGUGCAAAUAGCCCACCACUUCUUUGCUUAUUUCCAGUGUGCGCCAUCCUUAGACAUGCACCCUCUGCCCCCUGUGGAGGUGGUUGUGCCAACGGGGGCUGCCGGUAACCUUGCAGCUGGGUGCAUCGCUCAGAAGAUGGGGCUGCCCAUUCACCUGGUCGUGGCAGUGAACAGCAAUGACAUCAUCCACAGGACCGUCCAAUGGGGAGACUUCUCUCUGUCCGAAGUGGUCAAACCAACCUUGGCGUCAGCCAUGGACAUUCAGGUUCCCUACAACAUGGAGAGGAUCUUCUGGCUGCUGUCUGGCUCUGACAGCCAGGUGAUAAGAGCCUUCAUGGAGCAGUUUGAAAGGACAAAAAGUGUGCGUCUACCCAAGGAGCUGCACAGCAAGCUUUCGGAGGCAGUAACCUCUCAGUCAGUGUCGGACGAGGCCAUCAUCCAGACGAUGGGCCGCUGCUGGCAGGAGAACCAGUACUUGUUGUGCCCUCACUCGGCCGUGGCCGUGAGCUGCCAUUACCAGCAGGUGGACAGGCAGCAACCCAGCCCUCCCCGCUGUUGUCUGGCUCCCGCCUCUGCAGCCAAGUUCCCAGAGGCCGUGCAGGCUGCUAGGCUGACCCUGGACACCCCGGCCGAGAUCCUCGCCCUGGAGCACAAGGAGGCACGCUGCACCCCAAUGCGGAAGGGCGACGACUGGACACGGAUGCUCCGGGACACGAUUGAGCACCUGAGCCAGCAGUGGCAGGGGCGCUUCCUGAAUCUCCCGUCAUAGCCCUGCUGGAGAUGGCUUCCUUUAGGCCUCAGACCCCGGGAGGUGUUCCCUGUGAGCCGCCCAUUGCACCUUCUCCCCAUUAAGGGUCUGUGCAGGAGGUUCUCGGGGGGCUGCUCCAGGGGUGGGGGUCUGGAGCCAGCGGGCGUGCUGUCUGAUGUUGCGCGGACCCCCUGGGAGGCGGGGAGGGCUCCUGCAGAUGUUGCGGGGGGUGCACGCCCGCCGCCGGGCGGUGCAGGAGCAUUGCUGCUGCCUGUGAAAGUUUCAGUUGUAAGAACGUGCCCGCCAGUGCAGGGGCACAAGAUUGAUCCUGGUCCAGGAAGACCCCACGUGCCAGGGAGCAGCAAAGCCCCGGCGCCAACUCCUGAGCCUGGGUGCCUGGAGCCCGUGCUGCACGAGAGAGACCGCCAUGGUGAGAAGGACUGCAAGGAAGAGGAGCCUCCGCUUGUAGCAACUAGAGAAGGCCCGAGCAAAGCAACAAAGGAUAAGUAAAUACAUACAUACAUAAAUAAAAAGUUGAAAAAGAAGUCGAGUUCAGGGUCAACCUUGACUCUAAGAUUUUGGACCCCAGGCCCUAAAACCUAAGCAGGUGGGGACCGCUGACUCCAUUAGUACAGGUCUGGCUUGAGUCUUAGUUUAUCUGGUCCCCAAAUCAGAUCAGAGGCCUUGGCCUGCCUUGUCAGAGGCUUUGUUGUUGUGUUUAGUGGAUAAGUUGUGUCCCACUCUUUGCAACCCCAUGGACUGUAGCCUGUCAGGCUCCUCCUGUCCAGGGGAUUCUCUAGACAAGAAUACUGGACUGGGUUGCUAUUUCCUUCUCCAAGGGAUCUUCCCAGCCCAGGGAUCGAACCUGUGUCUCCUGCAUUGGCAGGCGGAUUCUUACUAUCUGAGCCACUAGGGAAGCCCAACAUAUGUGUACUAAACUAUGUAUAAUUUCCCUGGUAGUCCAGUGGUUAAGACGCCAUGCUUCUAAUGCAGAGGUGCAGGUUCAAUCCCUGGUCGGGGAAGUUCAUAUAGUGUGGCAAAAAAAAAAAAAAAAAAAAAGAUAUAUAUGUAUAUAAACUACACAAACUGUGUGCUAAAAUAGACAUGAAGAAAUAAUAACAGCACUUACAUUUAUCUCUUCUCCCCCCUUUCCAGUGGAUUGCCUAUGGGCCUGUCUUUGGUAGUCAUGGUUGAGCACCAUGCCUGGUGUAUUCUGGAACCAGCAGGAACAGGGACAUAGCUCCCCUGUGAUUGCACAUCUACCAGAUACUGUGUAAUGACUCUCAAAGUGUGGUCCUUGGGUUUCCCCAAAAUGCAAAGUCCCAGCCCCCAUGGCACCCCACUCCAGUACUCUUGCCUGGAAAAUCCCAUGGACGGAGGAGCCUGGUAGGCUGCAGUCCAUGGGGU